AUGGCAUCGUUCUUUACCGCCGCUGCGGCUCUCUUGCCCCUCGCCAAGGCGCAGACAUCAACCCGUGCGGAGGCAGCCCUCAUCACCGCUUCCGCCCGUCCCUUCUUCAUCUUCGACACCCACCCGACGGGCAGCCUCGAGGCAUCCAUCGUCGCUUACAACAGAGAAAAUGCAACAUACCACGUUGCCUGCCCGACCGCCGAUGCAGCCUGCAAGAAGGAAGGCUACUGGCCGGCGACAGUCACCCACAUCGAGGGCUCCAGCUGGCUCGGGACGAACACGGCCACGGCAGGCAUCGAGAAGCAGUGGAGAUGUCGUCUCGGCAGCAGCAGCAGCGACGUCGAGGUCAUCCCGGACCAGUACGGACAGUGCUACGUGACGACCAUAGACGCCGCGGGAUCCACAACGGUGGACCCCGUGAUGCCGGUCGACCUCUGCUUCCUGUCGGCGCAUUCGGUGGUCGUGGCCGUGACAGCAGGGUUGGAGAAGGUCGAGGCGGUUCACCCGAUCGUCACGGAGGACGAGUAUAACCCGUCUGCUCUGCUUUCGUAUUGCGACUUGCGCGACGUUUACAAGCCCGGCACCGUAUACCGGGUCGGUGUCUGGGGAACCUACGACUGGGGCUACAGGAAAGGCGUCGUUGCCGACAGAGACCGGAAGUGCGACGACGGAGGCGAAACCCAAGUCGGAGACAGGAGCAGACAUCGGGACGGAAACAGGGACGGCUGCGGCGUCAGCGUCGGCGUCGACGUCCGCUCCGGCGAGUGGGUCUGGCCGGAAGUCGAGAAGCUGUCCGUUGGUGCUGGGGGCGGUGGCCGCAGGGCUGGCCGCUCUCUUGUGAUCGGCGGGUGUGGAUAG